AUGGUUUUGGGUACUGAUCAGAAGCUACCAGAUGAUGAUGCUUCUGGAGAACAUGGGGACACUGCCAGUCUUGGUGCCAUCAACCCUGCCUACAGUCACUCCUCACUUCCACGGUCUACUGAGCAGUCACAGGACCCCUUCACCACCUACUUUGAUGAGAAGAUUGCCAUUCCUGAUGAGGAGUAUUCUUGUUUUAGCUUUCGGAAACUCUGGGCCUUCACAGGACCAGGCUUUCUUAUGAGCAUUGCCUACUUGGAUCCAGGAAACAUUGAAUCUGACUUGCAGUCUGGAGCAGUGGCUGGGUUUAAGUUGCUCUGGGUCCUUCUGUUGGCAACCAUUGUGGGUCUCCUGCUCCAGCGCCUUGCAGCUAGACUGGGAGUGGUCACUGGGCUGCAUCUUGCUGAAGUAUGUCACAAACAAUAUCCCAAGGUCCCACGAAUUAUCCUGUGGCUGAUGGUGGAGUUGGCCAUCAUUGGCUCAGAUAUGCAAGAAGUCAUUGGCUCAGCCAUUGCCAUCAAUCUCCUGUCUGUGGGAAGGGUUCCUCUGUGGGCUGGAGUUCUCAUCACCAUUGCAGACACUUUUGUAUUUCUCUUUUUGGACAAAUAUGGCUUGCGAAAGCUAGAAGCAUUUUUUGGGUUUCUCAUCACUAUUAUGGCUCUCACAUUUGGAUAUGAGUAUAUUACAGUGAAACCCAGCCAGAGCCAGGUACUCAAGGGCUUGUUCGUGCCAUCCUGUUCAGGCUGUAACAUCUCACAGGUCAUGCAGGCUGUGGGCAUCGUGGGAGCUGUCAUCAUGCCACACAACAUGUAUCUGCAUUCUGCCUUAGUCAAGUCCAGACAGGUAAAUCGGGCCAAUAAACAGGAAGUUCGAGAAGCCAAUAAGUACUUUUUCAUUGAAUCCUGCAUUGCUCUCUUUGUUUCCUUCAUCAUCAACGUCUUUGUCGUCUCAGUCUUUGCUGAAGCAUUUUUUGAGAGAACCAACGAUCAGGUGGUUCAAGUCUGUAAAAAUAGCAGCUUUCCCAUGUCUAAUGACCUCUUCCCUGAUGAUAAUUCAACACUGCUGGUGGACAUUUACAAAGGGGGUGUUGUGCUGGGAUGCUACUUUGGGCCUGCUGCACUGUACAUCUGGGCAGUGGGCAUCCUGGCUGCUGGACAGAGCUCCACCAUGACAGGAACCUAUUCUGGCCAGUUUGUCAUGGAGGGAUUCCUGAACCUAAAAUGGUCACGCUUUGCCCGUGUGAUUUUUACCCGUUCUAUUGCCAUUAUCCCUACUCUGCUUGUUGCUGUCUUCCAAGAUGUGGAACACCUGACAGGAAUGAACGACUUCCUGAAUGUGCUGCAGAGCUUACAGCUUCCCUUUGCUCUCAUACCCAUCCUCACAUUUACAAGUUUGCGGCCGGUUAUGAAUGACUUUGCCAAUGGAAUAGGCUGGAGAAUUGCAGGCGGAAUCUUGGUCCUUGUCGUCUGUUCAAUCAACAUGUACUUUGUAGUUGUUUAUGUCCAGGGACUAGGACAUAUGGUAUUGUAUGUGGUGGCUGCUGUGCUCAGCGUGGCUUAUCUGAGUUUUGUGUUCUACUUGAGUUGGCAAUGUUUGAUUGCAUUGGGCCUGUCUUUUCUGGAGUGUGGGCGCACGUACCAUCUGGGAUUGACAGCUCAGCCUGAACUCUACCUUCUGAACUCUGUGGAUGCGGACUCACUUGUAUCUAGAUGA